AUGUUUCUUGCCAACGUUUCCAAAACGUUUCUCUCUCAAUCCGCUGGGAAAAUGUCGGGAAGAAAGCGCCCGGCUCCCGCUCAACGAGGUAUAAUGGACUUCUUUGACGCCAAAAAAAGGUAAGUAUCAAACUACAACGUGUGUUAUUUAAUACAUCUAAUAGUUGCCUUGGUUGCUGUGUUCAUUCUUAGCUCGUUGUAGUAUGAAAAUCGGUGAGCCACUUCACAGUUUUGUAGAUUGGACAAAACAACAUGGCAAUUUAACCGUCCAGUGAUUGAAUACUCUAUGAAAUUAAGCUUAACUUUUCAAAAUUCGAUAGCUCCAAUGAUGAGGACAAUGAUGAGAACAAUGAUGAGAACCAAACAAGUGAGGAAUCGACUAGCACGGAAGGUACGUUUAAUACAAUUGAAAGAAUUUAUCAUUUGACUUUAGAUUCGGUCUUCGCAAACCUUUGCAGCGUUGAGCAAAAUAGCGUUAACGGUACUCUGAUUUUUGGAGGACUUAUUGAUAUGAUUGACUGAAGAAGCUAAGUUGCAUAAUCUAUUUGUGAUGGUUACGUAGCGAUUAAUUUUCUUUUACAUGUAUAAGUAUUUUCAUAAGUAUUUUCCUUUUAGGUGGAAUAAUGAUAGAAGAAAACCCCUGGCCCAUUGAAGUUCUGGUGGAAAUUUUUAAGUGGUUUACAAUAGAGGAACGACUUAAGCAACUGGCACCAGUGUGCAAACUCUUUCACCAAGCCGUCCAUACACCAAAGUUUUGGAAGAUAGUUGAUACUAAUUCAGAAUUUACACUUUCUUCAUUUCAUUCUGUUUUUGGGCACGCUAAACAUAUAACACAUCUCGGUUUUCGUUAUUCUCAACGACAAUUAGGGUGCAGAAAUCUGAUAGAAAAUGCUCUGAACGAUUGUGUUAACCUUGUCCACUUAGACCUGGCGUACAAUACGUCAAUUUUCACUUUGUUUUUUAUACAAAGCAUGCCAUUUUUAAGAUACCUUGACAUAACAAGCUGCCAAAAUGUGAAGGAAACUAGUUUAACACUAUCCCUUAAAAACAAGAGAGGGCUGCAGGUGUUAAAAAUGGGGAAUUGUUUUCAGAUAGAAGGAAAUUCACUCGUUUCCAUAAUCAGGAGUCUGCCUGACGUAAGGAACGUAGUUGCCAAUUGGUGUGGCUCAAUAACAGUAGAACAAGCCCGCGAUGUUUUGCAGCACUGCAAAUUGCUGGCGUUUUCAUUUUCACCAUGUUGGGGGCCUCCUAACUUGUGGGAAGAAUUUGUACAAGAUUUUAAACAUGUAGAGUUUGGGGAGGAUCUGUUAGAUCACGUCAAACGAGUACACCUCCCGGAUUUUUGUAUGAUGAUGAAGUAGAAUGAAUAGUUAGAGACUCAUGUGUACUAGGUUCUAUGAGAAAUGGGGUAGUAAUGGCUGAACAAAGAAAGUGUUAAUGAAAAAAUAUAUAUAUGACAGCUCUUGUUUUUAAUAAACAGUCAGUCGCAGCUCGCGUUUAUUUUAUUAACUUGUUUGCAGACCCAAGUCCAUGUGUUAGAGAUCCCAAUGACCCAGCGAAUUAUACCGGUAAAACUUUAUCAGACGACCAAAAGCUUGAGCUUCUAACCGUAAAGUUUAGCUUUCCUCACGGAUUCAAGUUUCCGACAACAGCCGGAAGGCGUUUCCAACUAUCAUGGAUGGAGAAGCGGCCAUGGCUGCGUUACAGCAUUAGAAAUGACACAGCUCACUGUAUCUAUUGUAUAUGUUUUUCCAACAAUACUGUUCCAAAUGAAUCGCCAUUUAUCUCAAAAGGCUUCAAAAACUGGAAGAAAGCAGGUGAUGAGCGCCUUGACACCCAUGCGCGCAGUGAAGAACACCAACUUUCAGAGGAAAAGAUGACUAACUUCCUUAAGACACGCCGCCCAGGCAAUGACAUCAGUGCAAGACUACAAAGACAGGCAGCCGAGCAACAGCAUCGCACAAUGAAAGGCGUCGUGUCUAUUAUUGAUGUAGUCAUUGCAUUAGGACAGAGGGGCAUUCCAUUAAGAGGCAAUUGGGAUCCCUCUAAAAGAAAUGAAGAUGGGAAUUUCUCCUUCUUUGUUGACUGGAAAUCCAAAUAUGAUCCAGAACUCAAAGACCAUUUGGAUCAUGCUUCCGGUAAUGCUAAGUACACGUCUCCGAGGAUUCAGAACGAAAUAAUCAAUUUGUGCGACAGUUUCAUUAGAAACCGUGUCCGAGCAUCAAUACCAAAGUAUUGGAGUGUAAUGGCCGACGAAACGCAAGAUUGUUCUACAACUGAACAACUCAGUAUAUGUGUGCGAUAUCUGAGCAGUAAAAAUGAAGUUUGUGAAGAAUUUAUUGGAUUCGUAAGGCUUGAAAAAUUGGAUGCCCAGACCAUUGCGGAUACCUUGUUACACGCACUACAAGAAUGGGGCUUUAAUAUGUCCGGCCUAGUUGGCCAAGGAUAUGAUGGAGCAAGCGUCAUGAGUUCAAGUAGGAAUGGGGUGCAAGCUAAAGUUGCAGAGAAGUACCCUAAUGCCACGUACGUUCACUGCAGGUCCCACGUUUUGAACCUUGCAAUCUAG